AUGUCAGGUUUUGGUAAUGAUUACAGAGAUGGACAUAUGGAUGCGAAAGCGAAGGUUGCGGAGUGGAUUAGCGUGCAGGACACGAAGAAGAUGAAGUGGAGUAUUUUGACUAGUUGUUUGUAUAUGGAGAUGUUGAACGAGUUGUUAGCUCCGCAUCCAGAUAAGGAGGACCCGGAGGCUUUAGCUUUCAUUGCGCCGCUGGGUUCCAGGGGGAGUGCACCAUUAAUUGCGUUGGAGGAUUUUGGGAAGUAUGCUAGAUGGGUGUUUGACCAUCCGGAACGUAGUAAUGGACUUAAUCUCCAUGUUGCUUCUCAAGAAGUGGUUUGGGCUGAUUUACCAGCUGCGUUCACUGAGGUUACCCGCAAGAAAGCGGUGUAUAGGGAUGUAACUAUUGAUGGUUGGUUUGAUCUUGGGCCCUUCCCUGAUCCGGACGCGAAGUUUGGACAUAGUACUCCUGGGGACGAAGGAACAUUGCAAACAUAUCGGGAGAAUUUUGGCGGAUUCUGGAGGUUUUGGAAGAGUGGCAGGGUAAGAAAAGAUUGGGUUUUGAUGGAUGAGAUUUUGCCGGGUAGAAUAAGGUCGGUGAAAGAGUGGAUGAAAAAGAGCGGGUAUGAUGGAAACGUCAAGCCUUUAUUGCAUGAUUUUCAUCAGAAAAAGAGAGAAGCUUAG